AUGAGUAGCGCUGCUGACGAUGGCGCCGAUGAAGUGAAGGUAUUCCGCAGGAAUGAUGCGGAUGACGUGGAAACGGCGCAGUCGUCGCAUCAGUUAACAGAGGACAAAAAAGAUGUGGCCCUGGAGACAGAACUAGAAACAAGGACGCCAUCAUCCUCUAUUAUCGGUUCGAAGCCUGGUGCUUUCGUGAAGCCAUCGCCGACUUUUCCAGCUUUUUCAGCUGCCACUCUUUCUCCAACUUAUGGGCCACUGCCACUGUUUUAUCCGUUCUUCCUACCGGUGAGACCAAGAGCUACGACAUUGACUACAUCGCAAGUGAUUGCUGUAGUAGUUAGCGAAGUGAUUGAUUGUAAUAAUGGUGGCGUCAUGUUAUUCAAUAUAUUACCAUCUUCGCAUAUCGGAAAAGAUUUGGAACUUGAUUUAAGUCUUACUAUCUUGAAAUUGAGAAUUAGUGAUGAGGGAAGAAUGGGCGUUAUUGAAAAUGGUGUGGAUCUUCGUAUAAAGGUUUGUGAACUUCAGAAUCAGGCUCCGUAUGGUUUGCCGUUCGGAAGAAUGCCGAGCGGACCGAUGGAUGCUCGUUCAAUGUCACCGACCUAUGCGGCAUUCGUCAUGCAGCAGGCAGCUCAGACUAUGUCACCGACCUUUGAAAUGUAUAGGAAUUUCCCUUUUGGACCUGCUUCUCCAAGUUCCCUAUUCCAGGGUAGUGGAGUGGGUGCGGCUACCCCCAAGGGUAACCCGUUGGCGGCAGCUACAAUGAUGCGCAAUAUGCAGAAUGCGGCUGCAGCGGCCGCAACAUCUCCGCAUCCACUGAAUUCAAUAAACCAAAUGCGAUUACCUCAGAUGGGUUCACCGAUCACCUCCAUGGCCAGUAACUUAGCGCAGCAACCGAGCAGUAAUUCACGUGGCAACAGUAACAGUACCAAGACUGUGAAGAACGAAAGCAAGCCGCCUAAAGUUAAGGAACAGCAUAUCAAAAAACCAUUGAAUGCAUUUAUGUGGUUCAUGAAGGAAAAUAGGCCUAAAUUGAUGGAAGAACUAGACUAUAAAGAAAGACAAAGUGCUGAAUUGAACAAGGAACUUGGUAGGAGAUGGCACGAUUUACCAAAAGAAGAACAACAAAGGUAUUAUGAGCUUGCUAAGACAGAUCGCGAACAGCAUAUGCAGAAGUAUCCUGGGUGGUCGGCUCGUGAAAAUUAUGCCAUCAAUAAGAAGAAAAAGCGGAAACGUGACAAAUCUGUUGAAUUUGCAGAUAAUGGCGAACAAAAGAAAUGCCGGGCUCGAUUUGGUGUUGUAAAUCAGGAUCAAUGGUGCAAGCACUGUAAGAGGAAAAAGAGAUGCCUUUGGUAUCGAGAGGCGUCUUCACCAGUUGGUGUGGUUUCCUCGACAACGCCAGGAACCCCUGGUACUCCGUCUUCAUUGUCUGGACCAGCUGCGGGUGGUGCAUUGAGCGGUCGUGAUACUGAUUCAGAGAAUGAUAUGGACGCUGCUGCUGCUGCCGCCGCCGCUGCUGAAAGAUCUCGGUCAAUGUUAAACCAGGUACCGAACGAGCAGCAGACCACUCCUCUUAUUUGCCAGUAG